AUGGGAUGGCGCGCAGCAUCGCAGCACAUCUCCAUGAAAAAUAUUGAAUCUGAUAGCCGCGGUGCAUCGAGCACCGUUGCCCCAACAGCAGGCACCGACGACGACAACGGUAGCACUGAAAAUGUACUUGUGAUUGAUGAGGAGGAAAAUGGUAACGAGGUGGCGGAGGAAGAGCAAACCGAUGACAGAGUCGGUGCGCAGACGGACGAUGAGGCUUCUGCUGCUAGGCCGAGCAGUUCUGAAGGAGCUGGAUAUCGCCGCAUACGGAUUCGUUAUCCAGACAUCGGCGAACCCAGUUCAAGCAGGCCGAGCAGUUCUGAAGGAGCUGGAUAUCGCCGCAUACGGAUUCGUUAUCCAGACAUCGGUGAACCCAGUUCAAGCAGCAGCGAUGCAGCGCAUCGUUUUGCACCCGAUUUCGGACGACGUGGGACUCGCACGCGUCGAGGUCGUGGGCGUCGUUACAUGUUUUGA